GUUUGUGACUCCCUGAGGCACCCGUCAAUGUUGUGACUUAGCUAAUUGCCCGCAUCUCACGCCAAAAGGUUAACUAACCACUGCGUUGGAUCGGCUACGGGGGGUUACAGGCUAUUGAGGAACAAGAUCGCUUAAUAAGUUGGUCAAUUUUCCAUUGCCUAUGUACUCAGGUCUUUCACCCAUUCACCGAUUCAAAUUCUAAUGCCUUGCCAAUCAUCCUCUUAAUCUUGCCUCCCUAAGCUGCUUCAACGCGAAGCGUCCUGUCCAUCGAUCUUCGCCAUCAACUCACUCACAUACAGUCGUUCCCACAUUUACAUUUACUUUUUUUUUUAUCUACGUCGUCCCCCAUCCUAAUUCGAAUCCGCGACCGCUGCCCAACUUACGCAACAAUUAUAUCCGCAACUCCAUACCGACUAACCUUGAUCUGAAUUUUCUGGUUCAUUUCAUAGAUGAAAGAACUUGCGGUCGUGGAAAACCAAGCAACGGAGAAGUAUCUGCGGAUAGCAUCAAUCUCCAUUGCAUUAUAUGAUUAUAUCAUUACCCUCCCUGCAGAAUGGCGGUUUUACCGAAGCCAAUCGUCACUUUUUCGUCUCCGCCUUGCUUGCAUCUUAUUCAUUCUCAUACGCUAUGGUAGUAUCAUGGUCAUGAUACUCAGUAAUUACGGAGUCUUCUCCACUGGUUUCACACAAGAAACGUGUAAACAUUACUAUAUGGUUGCGCCUGUCUUCAAAGUUAUGCAGACUAUGAUAUCACAAGUCAUCCUAGGUGUCAGGACAUUCAAUAUUGCAAGGAGGGAUAGGCGGAUAGGAAUUACACUAGUGGUGCUAUACUUCCUCUCAAUUUCGCUGGAGUGGUUCACCAAUAUGUUCAACCGGAUACCUGUCGUUGGAAAUUGCACUCCAGGAAAUUCUGGUAAAAUACUGUCGGCAUGGUUCUACUACACCGUUUCGAUGUUGUAUGACCUUGCAGUAUUGACCAUCUCCACCGUAUAUCUUCUGCGCUACAAUCCUCUCAGCAACAGACUGGAACAGCUGACCCAGGCCGCAGGGGCAUCAAUAGGUUUUGCUGUAAUAUGGAUUAUGAGCCAACGGAUUCUCAUCCAUCUGCGAGAGCUCUCAGAAGCAGAGAACCGACGUUUGGACAACAUAGUCGCCGCGCGUUCCCCACAAAAUGCUCGAGACGUGGUAUCGUUCGAUGGUGUGCGCACUGAUGACAUGGAACUUGACAUAUGUACAUGUGUCAAGCCCUUGGUGACUUUAGACCACACGGAUGAAUGUGGGGUUUCUAGUUCAUGGGAUAAUCCGAUGGAAAAUUGAAUCUGGGCGUGGAUGUGCAACUUCGCUGUUAAUAUAUGUAACGCUAUCUGCAGUGA